AUGAGCUCCCUCUUCAACAAGAUGAUGAUCACUUCACUCCUUCCGCUCACCCCCUACCUCCUCUCCCUUCUCCUCUUCCUCCUCCUCCUCGAACAAAUAUCUUACCUCACCAAAAAACGCACCGCGCCGGGCCCACCCGUCGUCCUCCCAUUCCUCGGCAACGCAAUCUUACUGGUCCGCAACCCGACCCGCUUCUGGGACCGCCAAUCAGCUCUCGCCAAGUCAUCCCCACUCGGCUUCUCCUCCAACUACGUCAUCGGAAAAUUCAUCCUCUUCAUCCGCGACACCCAUCUCUCCCACAAAAUAUUCGCCAACGUCCGCCCCGACGCCUUCGCCCUCGUAGGCCACCCCUUCGGCAAGAAGCUCUUCGGCGACCACAACCUCAUUUACAUGACCGGCCAAGAACACAAGGACCUACGACGUCGUAUCGCCCCCAACUUCACCCCUAAGGCCCUCUCAACCUACACCGCCUUGCAGCAGAUCAUCAUCCUCCACCACUUGCAAAACUGGCUUCGACUCUCCUCACAGGCCCUACCCGACCCGAUCACCCUCCGGUUUCUCGUCCGCGACAUGAACCUCGAGACUUCUCAGACCGUCUUCGUCGGGCCUUACCUGGGCCCCGCCGCCCGCGAGCGGUUCAAAUCCGACUACAAUUUUUUCAACGUCGGCCUCAUGAAGCUCCCUAUCGACCUUCCCGGCACCGCGUUUCGAAACGCGAGGCUAGCCGUGAGACGCCUGGUCGAAACGCUCUCCGUUUGCGCCGAACGGAGCAAGGCCAGAAUGGAGAUUGCAAAUUCCGAGCCUACUUGUCUCAUCGACUUCUGGAUGCACGAAACGGUUCAGGAGCUCCGAAAUGCAGCUCAGGCCGGUUCGGAACCGGCAGUCGUCAGCGAAGUCGAGAUCGGGGCGCACCUCUUCGACUUCCUCUUCGCAGCUCAGGACGCUUCCACAUCUUCGUUACUGUGGGCGGUGACUCUGCUCGACUCGCACCCUGAGGUUUUGGCGAAGGUCCGGGAAGAGGUAGCUGGAAUUUGGUCUCCGGAGUCGGACAGUCUGAUCACGGCGGAGCAGCUAUCGCGAAUGAAGUACACGCACGCAGUGGGGCGUGAGGUCGUGAGGUACAGAGCUCCGGCGACUAUGGUCCCGCACAUUGCCGCGGUUGACUUUCCGUUGACCGAGACGUACACGAUCCCGAAGGGCACCAUUGUGUUCCCUUCGGCUUACGAGUCCUGCUUUCAGGGAUUCAGUGAUCCGGAGCGCUUCGACCCGGACAGGUUUUCCGACGAGAGGCAGGAGGACCGGAUUUACAAGAGGAAUUACUUGGCGUUCGGGGCGGGGGCCCACCAGUGUGUGGGCCAGAGGUACGCUUUGAAUCAUCUCGUCCUCUUCAUCGCCAUGUUCUGUACGUUGAUCAAUUUCAAGAGGCACAGGACGGACGGCUGCGAUGACAUCGAGUUUGUCCCCACCAUCUGCCCCAAAGACGAUUGCAAGGUUUUCUUGUCCCAGCGGUGCACACGAUUCCCUUCCCUGUAA